AAUGUUCUGACUUGCUCUAAGAUGAAGGUAUGGAAGUUUGCAGCCAUUGCAUCGAUGCUCCUCAGUUCCAUGUUAUCCAUUUUAGUUUGUAGAGACAUGUUCAACGGAAGCCGGAAAUACAGCCCCUUGCCUUCCUCGCUGUCUUCCUCACGGGCAUCACACUCCUCCUCCUCCUCCUCUUCUACCUCCUUCUCCUCCCUGCCGGCGGCUCCACGGAGAUCCCCACGGGCCCUGCAACGCCACAGCUCGCUGCUCUCCCACUACAGCAGCUUGCUGGAGAGCUACACGGAGGGGGAGAUCCGUCAGCUGGUGUCGGCGCUGGUGGAACGCUACAGCCAGGCCAUGAACUCGGGUGGGCACGAGCUGCCGCUGUUCCCCCGCGCCGGCAGCCGCCGCAAACGCGCCCGCGCCCGCCACAAACCCUGCGCCCUGAAGGAGCUGGAGGUGAGCGUCAGCGAGCUGGGCCUGGGCUACGAGUCCGACGAGACGGUGCUUUUCCGCUACUGCAGCGGCACGUGCGAGGCGGCCGUCCGCAGCUACGACCUCUCGCUCAAGAGCAUGAGGAGCAAGAGGAGGAUCAAGAAGGAGAAGGUCCGGGCUCGGCCUUGCUGCCGGCCGCUGGCCUACGAUGACGACGUCUCCUUCCUGGACGCCUACAACCGCUACUACACCGUCAACGAGCUGUCGGCCAAGGAGUGCGGCUGCGUGUGAAGGGCCGGGACCGACCCCCUUGGGGAGGAGAGGAC